AUGACCGAUAACAACACUGAAGCUCAAACGGAACCAAUUCUUUGCAGCACGUGUGGCCGGGCCUGUGUUACCAAGAAGCAACUGAAGAACCAUAUCCGGAACAUACACAGACGUGGCAAGGGUAAGGAAACAACCUCUGCUGCGCAGCCUCGACAACAAGACCAGACUGAAGAAGCUCCUGCUCAAGAAACAAUCUCUGUUGCCCAACCUCAACAAGGAGCUAAGACUGGAGAAGCAUCUACUGGAGGCCUUUAUUGUGCUCCUUGUGACCAGACAUUCAACACUCAGAAUGGACUUGACCGGCACAAUGGCACCAAGCAUAGUUCCAAGCGAAAGAAGACAAUCAAGUGCACAGAUUGCAACAAGACCUUUGCCGUGCAAUUGGCGCUAGAGCAGCAUCAAAGACAAAAGCACGGUAUCCAACCAACCGCUGACGACCAGGAUGACUGGGACGACUCGGAUGUCUCCGGGAACUGGGAAUCAGACUCCUCGCUAUCUCAUGAUGAAGAAGGCAGAGAUUUGAUGUGGCCGGAACACGGUGAACCAGUUACAGGACUUCUCAGUUGUCUAGGCAGAGUAAUGCGCUGCCCUGAAAAAUUCAAUAAAGGCUCUGAAGUCGUGCGACACAUCGAGCAAGGCUAUUGUCGAACCGAAUGGAGCCUCGAGGACGUAUCGUCCGUAUUUAACAAGAAGAUGGCGAAAGAGGGGCGACAUCUUUUAGACCGCAAGGCUGGUGAUCUCUACAAGUGCCCCAGAUGCAAGGGAACAGGCAGAGGCAAGUAUACAGAGCUCAGUGAUCUUUUUGAACACGCCGAGAGUGGUGAUUGCGGUCUGAGGGUCCGCACCGGUCCUCUCCAUGACGUCUUUAUGGCACUUCUGGAGUUCAGUGUUGAACUUGCCAUGCAGAACGACACUGACUCGGAUGACUACUGCUGGGAAUAUGGAGAUGGAGCUUUUCUUGAUUCCGACGAAGAAUUAUUCAACUACAAGAUGACCGGAGAUAUUAGUGAAAGCUAUCUUGCGCGACAUGGGUAUUGA